GGGGGGGGACUGCACUGAAAGCCUUGUUACGUAAUCAUGAGCAUGCACGGCUGUUCUGCGCCUGCGAAGUGCACGAGCAGGUGGAGGAGGAGACAUGCGCAGUAGACGCCUCGUCAGCAGCAUCAGGACCAGAAAAAAAAAAAGAUCCUCAGGAGCCCCGCGAUGCGAGAAGAUGGUUGCAUGUAAACACGGAGAGGGACGUGACGGUGUCAUUUCAUCUCCACAUGCAGGAGUGAAGCGGAGUGUUCGUGUAGUGUAGUGCGUGGAAAAAACACGGAAGGAGGAGGACGCAGAUGCGCGUAAAAACCCGAGGCUGUGGCGAUGCGACGUCAAUAACAACACUUGGAUGAAAUGAGUCCCAUGACGACGCGUUAAGCCUCUUCCUAAGCUGCGAGACGAAACAAAACUACAAAAGGGAGACAACAAAAAAAAAGGACUUCGCCAAUGUCACCUUACAUGACGGGCUUUCUGUGUGUCAUGGUCGCCGGUUCCUAGUGGGAUGCACAUCAGUGUUUGGCCGUACUCGCUCUCCGUCGUAAUGGCAGCUCUGUACCAGGGCACCGACGCCUCCUCUCCGGAUAAAUUUCUGGCCUUGAAAGACGUGAGGGAGGUGAAGGAGGAAACGACGCUGGACGAGAAGCUCUUCCUGCUGGCAUGUGAGAAAGGUGACUACUACAUGGUGAAGAAGCUGCUCGAGGAGAACCGACACGGCGAGCUCAACAUCAACUGCGUGGACGUGUUGGGCCGAGACGCCGUCACAAUCACCAUCGAGAACGAGAAUCUGGACAUCCUGCAGCUGCUCCUGGAACAUGGCUGCCAGGCUACAGAUGCCUUGUUGGUUGCCAUAGACUCUGAGGUGGUCGGAGCCGUGGACAUUCUUCUAAACCACAGGCCGAGGCGCUCUUCCAAGCCCUCCAUCGCUAAACUGAUGCAGCGCAUCCAGAACCCGGAGUACUCCACCACCAUGGACGUGGCUCCGGUGAUCCUGGCGGCCCACAGGAACAACUACGAGAUCCUGACCAUGCUGCUCAAACAGGACAUCUCGCUUCCCCGGCCGCACGCCGUCGGCUGCGAGUGCACGCUCUGCAAUGCCAAAAACAAGAAGGACAGCCUCCGACACUCCAGAUUCCGUCUGGACAUCUACCGCUGCCUGGCCAGCCCGUCUCUCAUCAUGCUGACCGAGGAGGACCCCAUACUCAGAGCCUUCGAGCUCAGCACAGACCUCAGGGAGCUCAGCCUCGUGGAGGUAGAGUUCAGGAAUGACUAUGAGGAGCUGGCAAAGCAGUGUAAGAUGUUUGCCAAAGACCUGCUGGCUCAGGCUCGAAACUCUCGAGAGCUAGAAGUGAUUCUGAACCACACAUCCAGCGAGGAUCACAUCAACAAGAGGGGCUUACUGGAAGAGCGCAUGAACCUCAGUCGACUCAAGCUCGCCAUCAAGUACAACCAAAAGGAGUUCGUCGCUCAGUCCAACUGUCAACAGUUCCUCAACACCGUCUGGUUCGGAGAGACGGCCAGCUACCGCCGCAAACACACCUGUCUGAAGAUGGCCACCGUGCUGAGCGUGGCCAUGCUCUGGCCGCUGCUGUCCGUCUGCUACCUUCUGGUGCCGCGCUCCCGCGUGGGCCAGAUCAUCCACACGCCCUUCGUCAAGUUCAUCAUCCACAGCGCGUCCUACUUCACGUUCCUCCUGCUGCUCAACCUGUACUCGCUGGUCUACAACGAGGGCACCAAAAACACCAUGGGCCCUCCGCUGGAGAUGAUAGAUUACCUGCUCAUCCUGUGGAUCAUAGGGAUGGUGUGGUCGGACGUGAAGCGUCUGUGGUACGAGGGGCUGGAAGACUUCCUGGACGAGUCUCGGAACCAGCUGAGCUUUGUGAUGAAUUCCCUUUAUCUGGCGACCUUUGCCCUCAAGAUAGUUGCUAAUAGCAAGUUCAAGAAUGUGAAGGACACAGAGAGGAAGAACUGGGACGCCUUCCACCCCAUCUUGGUGGCUGAGGGUCUGUUCGCCUUUGCCAAUGUGUUGAGUUACCUGCGACUCUUCUUCAUGUACACCACCAGCUCCAUACUGGGGCCUCUACAGAUCUCCAUGGGCCAGAUGCUGCAGGAGUUUGGCAAGUUUUUGGGCCUCUUCCUGCUGGUGUUGUUCUCCUUCACCAUCGGACUCACACAGCUCUACGGAAAGGACCAGAAGGACCCGGACAAGAACCAGACCAAGGACUGCGAGGGCAUUUUCUGCCAGCAGCAGAGCAACGACGCGUUCCACACGUUUAUGGGGACCUGCUACGCCCUGUUCUGGUACAUCUUCUCUCUGGCACAUGUCGCCCUCUUCGUCACCCGCAUCAACUACACAGAAGAGCUGCGCUCCUUUGUGGGGGCCAUGAUCAUAGGCACUUACAACAUUGUGGUUGUAAUAGUGCUGACCAAGCUGCUGGUGGCCAUGCUCCACAAGAGCUUCAGACAAAUCGCUAAUCACGAGGACAAGGAGUGGAAGUUUGCUCGGGCCAAACUGUGGCUAAGCUACUUCGACGACAAGUGCACCCUGCCCCCGCCGUUUAACAUCCUCCCCUCCCCAAAGACUGUGGUCUACCUGGUGACCAGCAUGAGCAAGUGGAUCUGUUCACACACCUCGAAGGGCAAAGUGAAAAGACAAAACAGCCUCAAGGAGUGGAAGAACCUCAAGCAGAAGUGUGAUGAAAACUACCAGAAGAUCAUGUGCUGCCUGGUUCACCGCUACCUGACCUCCACACGGCAGAAGAUGCAGAGCACAGAUCAGGCCACGGUGGAAAAUCUCAACGACCUGCGCCAAGACCUCUCCAAGUUUCGCAACGAGAUGAGGGACCUGCUGGGCUUCCGGACCUCCAAAUAUGCCAUGUUCUACCCGAGGAGCUAAGAAAAGAAACAAAAGAACUAGAUAUCUCCUCCCGUUUUCCCUCUUCUUCUUAACAAAAACCUCUGCUUCUCGUUUAUCUGGGAUGCAGUGAGCAUGUGCAAACAAUCAAACCGAGGCAGAUUUUAGACCUGGAACUACAUUUAAAAAAUAUUUAUUCUCCACCAAAGCCUCCAGACUCAGGCCCCCAUAUGUAUUAUUCAGCUAUUCUACCUGUUUUGUAAAUAAAGAAAGCCAUUGUUUUCAACAGAAAGCCAAAUAAAGACUUGUGAGAAAUACUA